AUGGCAGCCGUUGCUCAAGCCCCGGCGUCUGUGCCAACUGCUCCUCCGGCCUCUGUAAAAGCUGCUUCCACGGAGACGAAGGAGGAUGCUACUGCAGCCCCCGAUGAGAAGCCAGCAGUCGUCGACGCCAAUGGUGCGGGCCCCUCUGUUGAGGUUACCAAGGAAGAUGGAGAUAAGAAGCGGGCGACAUCCUCUGAGAAGGAAACUGAUGGAGCCAAAUCUCCCUCCUCGCGCUUCGACCUUGAACCCAACCCGUUCGAGCAGUCAUUCUCUCGCGGCUCCCAAUCUCAAGACCGUACUACUCCUCCUCGAGGUGGCGACGCCACUAGCAUCAAACACAACGCUCUUCCGCCGCUCUCGUCCCUGACCAGUCCGGCCGCUGCAGACCCCACCCAGUUCCCGUGGCUCGCAGGACAGUCGCUUCGAUCUGGCCCGCUGAGCCCUGCUAUGCUGGCUGGCCCGGCACAGAGCAAUCAGGCCAACCAGAAUAAUUCAAACAACAACGGUAACCAAGCGUGGGGUCCUGCGACCGAGAACGCGGCGACCAGCGAAGAGUCUUUCGAGCCAGGCAACUUUAGGACCGGCUUCACGCCCGGCACUGGGUCGGGCUUUACGCCCGGAUACAAUGCGUUGCUCAACCCGGGCUUUGGCAACCUUCCUAUGCCCAGUCCGAACACGGCCGCUUUCCUCGCCAACAUUGCAUCAGUCACAACCGAGAACGGAGAUCAACAGUCUCCCCCCGACCAACGUCAACCCCAACCCCCUGCCGGUCUACACCCUACUCUCCAGGGCGGACCUCACGGCAUGUCACAUCUCAACCCCGCCCACCAGUCUGCUGAGACUAUCACUCCUGGUACUUUGAACGCUAUCGCCAGCGACUUGAACAGACAGCCGCCCCCGCCUGGAAUGGCACCCGCCUUCUACCCCGGUAUGCCUCCACAGCCUGGAAUGGUGCCUGGCAUGCCCCCGGCCGAUUAUGCCCAACAAAAUGCCAAUGCCGCUAGCCAAGCUGCCAAUGGUCUCUUCCUCUUGUCGCAAGCUCACCAGGAGCUAUCGAAGAGGGAGGAGGAAGCCAAGUCCACUCCGCCGAUGUCGAAGCGUGGUGCACCUCCCAGUGCUGGGUCGGUCAAGGCGCCCGCAGGCCAGAAGCGCAAGGAGCCGGCUGGCAAGGGUAACGCAGCCGCCAAGAAGAGCAAGAAGAGUCCCGAGAUCGACUUUUCCGCCGAUGACUCGGACACGGACUCGAAGAAGAGCGGGGGCGAGAAGAGGUCGCGGAAUGAAACCGAAGAGGAGAAGCGAAAGAACUUCCUCGAGCGCAAUCGUCAAGCUGCACUCAAGUGUCGUCAGCGCAAGAAGGCGUGGCUCAACGAACUGCAGAACAAGGUGGAGACACUUACCAUGGACAACGAGCGGCUUGUACACAAUGUCCGAGGGCUCGAGGAAGAGGUCAACCGGCUCACGUCGAUCCUAAUGAACCAUCGGGAUUGCGGCCUCGGCAUGCCUCCAAUGCAGCCUGCAUAUGGCCGCCCCCUCCGCUAA